AAAAUACGGUGUGGAAUCAAGCUAUAAUCAAAAAUAAAUAAAAGUAUGCGGUGGCUCGGCAUGUGCAACGCAUGUCCUAACCAUCUCAAUCGGUGUAACACUGAACACUAAUCAAAUCGUUCGAACGUACUUUAAAAUAGCACAGACAAGGCAAAGCGAAUUUACUUAUGACGCAAUGAAAUAAUUCGCGAUAUAGUACUUAUAGUGGUUGCUGAUAACGUCUUAAUUGUAAACACCAGUGUAACUAGUGAUAAGAAAUAAAAGAAUUUAUUAAAUAAGUAGUAUAAUUUCAGUUGUAGAGAACACAUGUCAUGCUAAUGCUAACACUGCUUUCUUUGUCGUAAUUAGUUCAGUAGCUUUAUAUGAAAAGCUACUAUCGUAAUUAUCAAUGUUUGAUUUCUUUUUUUCUUGUAAUAUAUUGUUUUAAAGAAUGUAAAGGUGCUAAAUGUUUCUGUAACUAAUAUUGUUUUUGAUUUCUUUUCCAAAUGUACUGUAGUAAUAUGGAGACUUUGCAGGAUAUAGCCUCCUCUGCUUUAAAAGAUAAUCCAUACUUUAGUGCAGGUGCAGGACUUUUUGGAGUUGGAGUUGGUAUGGCUGCUCUUAGAAGAAUAGGUCAAGUUAUGAAUCUUCUUGUUCGUCGGAAUCUUACUCUUACCCUAGAAGUAGCCAGUUAUGACAAAGCUUAUCCAUGGGUAUUACACUGGAUAACAAUGAAAUCUAGUGGACCUUUAGCAAAUAAUGCAAAAGGCAGAAUGAGUGGUGCAAGUCAACAUCUCAGUGUAGAAACUAAUGUUAUACGCACAGAAGGUGGUCGAAUCAAAGCUGCAUUUGAUUUUGUACCUAGCGUUGGUGUCCAUUACAUGACUCAUCAGAUGAGAUUGAUACGUGUUGAACGCGUUCGAGCACAACAGUCACUACAAGGUGCAUCAGUAGCUCCGUUUGAAAGUGUAACUCUUACUACUUUUGGUCGGAAUACCAGAUUUUUUAUUGAUCUACUCGAAGAGGCUAGAGAAGAAGCAUUGGCUCGAGAAAAAGGUUGGACUGUUGUCUACAAGGCUGUUGGUUCAGAAUGGCGACAGUUUGGCUAUCCACGUCCAAGGCGACCUUUGAAUUCUGUUAUACUGCGUGAUGGCAUAGCUGAAGCUAUAGUAGCAGAUGUGAAAGAAUUUGUUGACAAUCAGACUUGGUAUACUGAUCGUGGUAUACCAUAUCAUCGUGGUUACUUAUUAUAUGGACCUCCAGGAUGUGGCAAAACUAGUUUUAUAACAGCGUUAGCAGGUCAUUUGGAUUACAGUAUUAGUAUACUGAAUCUAAGCGAAUUUGGCAUGACAGCUGAUCGCCUUGAUCAUUUACUGGCACAUGCACCACUUCAGACUAUCAUUUUAUUGGAAGACAUAGAUGCUGCUGUACACAGUCGUAGUAAAUCGAAUGAUAAUUUACUUCAAAGCAAAGCUUAUGAAGGUAUGCCGACAUUAACUUUGAGUGGAUUAUUAAACGCAUUGGAUGGUGUAACUUCAACAGAUGGUCGUAUUAUAUUUAUGACGACAAAUUACAUAGAAAAGUGAGUAUUUUGAAUUUUCUUGUACGACUCUUUUUUCUUCUUUUUCUUGGCGACACUCUCUUUACAGCCAUAGGUAAAUGCCAUGCGGUUUCUUCUUCAACAAAACAAGUUCACGGUGAAGUUGUAAAUAUUCAUUCAGAAUUGAUUAGUCAUCAACAAAAGGUUAUAAAUAACCAAAGUAAUAUAUUCAUUGACCUAGGUCACAGUAAAUGUCCAAAAAUCACUAACUUGAUCCAGCUUUGAUACGACCUGGUCGCGUCGAUAUGCGUGUACGAGUGGAUAUGUGUGAUCGAUCUCAAUUAUUGAAAAUGUUUAGCCGUUUUUAUCCGAAUUGGACGUCAUCUGAUAUUCAUGAGUUAGCUGAACAAUUUGCUAAUUUACUAGAAGGUGUAUCGUUAAGUUCAGCACAAGUUCAAGGUUAUCUAUUACUGCAUAAAGAUGAACCAUUAAAGGCUAUUAACAAUAUACAGCAACUAAUUUCUCCAAAUGAUUCAUGAAUUUCUUCUUAAAUUGACUGAGAAUAGUUCAGGACUUUGACGGAGAAGAUUAGCUAUUUUUUUCUUUCUUAGAACUUAGGCACAUUUUGUAUUAAUAAUCAUGUGUAUAUAAUCUUGACUAUGUAUCUUUAAUGAAAUAGAC